AUGCUUGAUGAAUGGGUCGAAGGCUUCUUUUCCUCCAAGAACCUGUUCGAUAUGGUAAAGGAAAUUGAAUCCUUUUUCGUAAGGCACAGUGCUAAACGAGUCGUCAGGAUCGGCACCAUCCUUCAAGUUCACGACCAAUGCAGUGUAUUUAGACUCUCUCUUGCCCAUCGUCUGUAUGGCGUUUUGCAGCUCAGACCAUCCGAUGAUUGCACUGAAUUGUCUAUGCUGCUCUCCGUGCAACCGUUCGAUGAUUCUACGUUCCAGGUACACUGUCCAACCUUCAUUCAGCCAGAAGUGUUCGAACGAAGCGUUCGUGACCAGGUUUCCGGACCAGCUGUGGGCCAACUCGUGGGCAAUGACGUCCACGUUCUCUCUGUCGCCAGAGAUGAUGGUUGGGGUGACAAAAGUGCAGUUUGGAUGCUCCAUUCCGCCAAAAGGCAUGGACUGGGGCAAAAUGAGCACGUCGUAGUCCUUCCAUUCAUAGUCAAACACGAGGUCCUCGGCAGUUUUGAUGAAACUCUCGGUAUCGUUUUCGAAUUCGUGCUGACAAGCGUCCAAAAACUGUGGCUCUGUCCAUGCUCUAGAACGAGGUCCAAUUGGAGCACUCUUGAGGUUUCCGGAAGCAAUGGAACACAAGUAGGAUGGAAUAGGCACUGGUUGUUUGAACUUGUAAAGAGACUGUUCGCCUUGAGGAACAGUUCCUUGCAGCAAUCCUGA